AUGACGUCCAUUGAAGUCCUGAGCGAGAGCAGUGGCGACUCCCUUACUAGUAUCCAACGCCUAUGGAAUAACAGGCUGGGACCAUGCCGUAGUUUGCCAGUAGAUGCCACAUCAACGGCGAUGAUAGCUAAGUAUACCUCCGAGAUGGCUUUCACCCCAUCGUCGUUUUCUAGUCAUGCCGGAUUGACUGAUAGCUUGGGUUCUUCCCGUAAGGCUUCCGCGAUAUCCGAGGUAGCCACCAGCACGCAGACCGACCUACGCAAGCGUGCCCACGAGGUGGGGGCUGAUCUCGUCAUCUCACCCUGCGUGAGGCGCCGUUCCGCCUCACGGGAGCGCGAAGUUUCCGAUGAGGUCAUUGCCGGUAGGCUACAGGAAGUGCUGGUGGAGAGCCCGCGCGUGUGCAAACCCCUCUUCUCCGCCUUCCUCCUUCAGGGCUUCGAUCCGGAUGAGGCGCUACCGGCCCUGACGUUGGUUCUCGACUUGGACGAAACGCUCGUGUGCAACCGCAGCCCCCACGCGCAGCGCCCGAUCCUGCGGCCCUACGCCCUCCACAUGCUCAACGCGCUCCGCCACAUGGUGGACCUCGAGAUCGUCCUCUGGACGGCCAGCACGAAGGAGACGGCAACGCGAGUAGUGCAGCGUCUGCACUCGAACGGCAUCAUCUUUGACGAUGUUAUUUUCCGCAAUAACCUCUGGUUUACAGAGCCGGUGUACACCAAGGACCUGCGGCUGCUGGGCCGCGAUAUGGAUAAGGUAGUCAUUGUGGAUAACGCCGCUAACAGUUGUAAGCUCAACCCACGCAAUGCGCUACUGAUCGAGGACUUUCAUGGCCACCGUGAUGCUGAGGACGCGGCGUUGGUGAACGUCUACUACGCCGUCGAUGCGCUUCUUAGGAUGGCUAAAGAUGGAAUAUCUGUGAGGGACGGAUUGACCAAGCUAGCGGAAACCGGCCUCCUUUGCCACGAGAUAUCCAUACCUAUUCCUCCCACAUGGAAGAACAUGCCCCUGUCGUCGAUCUCACCAAUUAAACUUCCACCUUUUGGGAAGUUUGUAAAGUCCAACACGAAGCCCCCAUCGCGAUCCAUAAUGGGGUAUUGGACUUUUUAG